CUUCUGAUUUUAUUGAAGGUCUUGAGGAGCUUUACUUUCCAAACUGCCUGGAGAACUGAGGAAAUUCUUUACCGGCUGGAUGUGAAUUGGCCUGAGUAUUCAGAAUACUUUAGCGGAGCAACGUUUUGUGUAGCAGUGGACCCCCUCAACGGCCUGGUUUACGUCGCCCAACGAGGGGAUAACAUCCCAAAGGUAUUAGUGUUCACAGAGGAUGGAUAUUUCCUGCGGGCCUGGAAUCACACAGUUGACACACCUCAUGGUAUAUUUGCAGCCAGCGCACUACAUGAACAGUCCGUCUGGAUCACAGAUGUAGGAAGUGGGUCCUACGGUCACACUGUUAAGAAAUACAAUUCCUUUGGUGAUCUUGUUCAAGUCUUGGGUACCCCAGGCAAAAAAGGUACUGGUUUGAAUCCUCUGCAAUUUGAUAAUCCGGCAGAAUUAUAUGUAGAGGACACGGGAGAUAUUUACAUUGUGGACGGAGAUGGAGGAUUGAAUAACAGACUGAUCAAAUUGUCCCCAGAUUUCCAGAUACUCUGGCUACGUGGAGAAAAUGGGACAGGGCCUGCGAAGUUCAACAUACCUCACAGUGUUACAGUUGAUUCAGCCGGCCGGGUGUGGGUGGCUGACCGAGGGAAUAAAAGAAUUCAAGUAUUUGAUAAAGUCACCGGGGAGUGGUUAGGAGCGUGGAGCGACUGCUUCUCAGAGGAGGGGCCUUCCUCGGUCAGAUUCUCUCCCGACGGGAAGUACCUGAUCGUAGCCCAGCCGCGGCUCAGCAGGCUGGUGUUCGUGGCAGCGCCCCCCGUCGGAAGCAUCGGCCACUGCGCCGUGAUCAGCACCAUCCAGCUCGCAGACCAAGUCCUGCCUCACCUGCUGGACGUCAGUGGGGAGACCGGAGCCGUCUAUGUAGCCGAGAUCGGAGCAAGACAAGUACAGAAAUACGUCCCUUGGAACAGCUAGGCCCUUCACGCCCUUCAUGACGCUUCUCCUCCUGGGGACCUCCAGUAACGGGCACUUUGGGUUCUCAGAUCCGUUGCUGGGGGCUAACGUGCUGCUCGGACCCAGGGCUUUGUCUCCUUGUUUUCACCUGGCCUGUAACCAGGUCUGUGUUCGCACGUGAGGGAUCCUGUUUUGUCGUCAUUCUCGCUGACUCGGUUCUGUUGGUGACCACCCAGGACGUCGAGGGGAGGAAACGUGACUCGAAGGGCAGGGAGAGGAGGGCUGAGGUUGUGACCUAGGAAUGUAUCCUGGGAGACUAAUUCUCCCCAGGGUGGGGUGGGAGACAGGGGUUAAAAGAGGUGCGUGGGGUCAUUUAUUGAAUUUCAUGUGUAAUUUCACAUGAAGAACCGCAAGCUUCCAAUUUGUUCACCUUGUAUGAAAUGAACUGCUUCAGAGAGCAAGUCAGAUGGGCUGUUGGUCUCAAGGGGCCAGAGUUGAAGAGGCAGGGUCUGUCUGUGCCUGUGUGUUCAGUGGCUGUGUCCAGUGGGGGACGUGUACAGACAGCGCACCAUGGCGGUCAUGUGCAAGGGCCCAGGGGCGUGGGAAGGGGGAGCCUCAGUCUGACAGAAUCAUGAGACAGUCGGGCGAGGCCGCCCAAGUUCCAGCUUGAGAAACAGGCGGAGAAAGCAGCGCGGCCCAAGGAGAGAUGUUAGAGAAGGUGUUGAACUCGCUUCCCUCUAAAAGCCCAGGUCGGCUUUGGGCCUUGAGCUGCAAGGUACUUACUCUCCUGCCUGGAGUGUAGGAAUACGAUGGCAGGAACCCAUGCACUUUACUGAAAGGGGCCUUAUAGGUAAUAAUGGGAAUGAUUUUAUUCAAGGCAGCACUGGAAAUAGGGCCUCUUUGGGGCACAUCUUUCCUCCUCCCUUUUUUUUAAACGUGAAUCAAGUUCACUUCUAACAUUUGUCUACCUCAGAGAAGUUUUAGAUUAUUUAUAUGGAAUGUGUGCCAAACAUUGAACUAUGAAGAUGAAUAAUUUCCCAACUUUUCACUUCUACAUGUCUCCUUUACCCUUUCGGUCUGAACACUGGCUUCCCAGUUAAGACCAUGUUUUCAGUUUGUUCUUGUUUAGUCUAGAUUUUGGUGGGACUUGCCACAUUACCACCUUUCAGAUCAUUCUGCUCUCGGGUCAGCCCCCCUCGCUGGCCUAGUGUCACACCGUCAAUCGUGUAGCGCGGGAGGCAUCUUGAGCUGGCUUCCCUCAUGCCCGUCGCGCCUGGAGGCUGUGCGCCAGCCCUCGAAGAACUCACCCUUGUUUGGGUGCUUGGAUCCUGUCUUCCUGCAGUUAGAAAGGCAAACCUGCCCGAGGGAAGCUCCCAAGGCCGUUGAUAAGUGUUUGUGCCAUCGAUCAAGCUGUGUGAUCUUCAGUGAAUCUCUUAGUUUUCAUCAUUGUCUUAACUUCUUCAAGAAUGUUGCGAGGAUUACGUGUGUAACAGGUACAAAUGUGCUCUGAAAUCUGUAGCUCCUGGUACAUUAAAGGCAUUUUAUUAGCAAAGGCCCUCCUAUGUAUGCUGUUCACUUGAUACCAGCUAUCAGGCUUGCCUUGAUUUUGCAUUCAUUGCUUUUACCAAAAUGUAUCCUUAUUCAUGAGCUUUAUGCAUUUUAGCCAAUAUAAUAAAUCAAUUUGGGUGAAAGAGAGUAAUUUGGUAUUUUAUUUGUUUUGUUUUGUUUUUAAGCCAGAACAAGAAAUGCAGAUGUCAUUUGAGGGAACACAGGUUAGGUAAACUAACCUUGUCAUUUAAAAAUGUUGUAUUUAACAUUGUUUUAUAUUCUUAUUAAACCUGCUGAAAAUAUUGUUUCCAUAUAUUUUUCUAGAAGUGUUUUUGUUUUAUUGAAAUGCCUGUAAUCAUAGAAUUUCACUUUUUUCCUUUGGAUUAACUGGUUAAAUGAAAUGUGUUGUAUUUUCUAUUAAAAAAUGCAAAUUAAAAUUCUGGAAAGAAAAGACAAUGUUAUCUGUAUCUCCAUGUAAAGUUGAUUUUGUUGUUAUUAAAACAGUUUAUAACUUCUUA